AUGAGCAUCCUUAAAAUCUGUGAAUGGAGACAUAGUGAAAACAGAACGGACUUGCUCAACGUCACCCUGCCCACUUUUCGGUCUCUCCCUGUGGAGUCUGGAAAUGGCGGUGGCACCUCUGAACGUCUGUCUUCAACUCCAUCCAGGGGCGUGGCCCCCAGCCAUGGCCAUGCUUCCGAACACCCUGUGAGUGGCCUGCACAGACCACAGGCUCUGCUGGCUCCGCGCUUCUAUAGCAACCAGGGAGCCUCUGUGGGCCACUCAUCCCAGACCAGGCUGAGCCUGGUGGCAUCUUUGAACAAAGAAAACAUAAAGUACAAACGCCUGGAGCCAGAAACGUGUAGACCCAAGCCACGCGGCCGAGAGGAAAGGCUCGUUUCGGCCGGGGACCGAGUGUUCCCGGCCCGGCAGGGCAGCGGCGGGCACGUCCGUCCGCCCCUUCGGACCUCACCUCCAUCCCACCCCGGCUCGCGCGCGGGCGGCGCUCGCAGGGGCGCGGAGGACGCACAGGAAACCGGAAAAUCCCAGAGCACCUUCUACUUGUCAAACCCUCAGACUCAGCUUGUCUUCUUCAUGUAUCCCCCUCCCUGCCGCAGAAUCCACCCUACCUCUGGCAUUGGCGUGGCUCGAGGCUCAGUCUGUGCCUACUCUGUGCCCCCGCUCGGCUGUGGAUUCCUGAAGAACAGGAGCCUGGUUUCACAGAACUUGGGAGACGGGAAAGAUGAAUGCUAUGAGGAUAAAAUUGUCUCCUUGUGUCUGCAGUUCUGCUGGGACUGUAAAAACUCGAAAGGGUCUCCUGAUAGCCACAAACCUCAGCUUGCUAAAAACAGACACAUCCAAACAUUGAGAAUGCCCGCCAUCUCUCCUGUGUCCCCUCCCCACCACAUCUAGCAAUGCAUCCUCUAUGCACAUAAUGGGCACUUGAUAACCCUGAGAGGAAUAAAACUCAAGUGUUCUGUAAGUUAAGUUUCAAGCGAUCAAAGUGAGUACAGUAAAUCAGGAAGGAAUAGACAGGAAUGGCCGUAAACCCAGUCAUUUUACAGAUAACUUCUAGGCUAAGAGUCCCUCAGCUCUGAC